UGCAGCCCACUAAAAACUCCACUGAAGAUGCUGGAUGUUUCUAACUGCUCCUUGAACCAUGCUGAUAUGGCCUUUUUAGCCAGUACCUUCCAUGCCAAUCACUUGGAAGUUCUGGACCUGAGUGGUCACAAUAUACCUGAGCUUUACCCAUCAACAUUCUUUAAGCUCCUCAGCCAUUGUUCUUCAGUGCUCAGGAGUCUUUCCCUGAAGGACUGUAAUAUCCAAGACACUCAUGUCAGAAUGUUGAUUUUAGGUUUAAGCCCGUGUCAGAAACUACAGGAGUUUAAGUUUAUUGGAAAUCCACUGUCAUCCCAAGCACUUAAACACUUCUUCACAUUUCUCUGUGAAUUGCCAAUGCUGAAAAAUGUGGAGUUCCCAGUUCCAAGGGAUUGCUACCCUAUUGGCAUCACCUACCCCACUGAUGAUGCCAGUGUUUGCAGAUUUGAUCACCAAAAAUAUGAAAGGAUAGCCGAGGAGCUUAACCUCAUUUUACUCCAAGCAAAUAUAGAGGAUGUGAAGACUUCAACGCCACUCUUUGGGAGUUAUGAUGCAGCUGUUCAGAAGACAAACAAUGAACUGGGAGCUUAUUUGAUCAAGUCCUUCAAGGACUUGACUUCUCCUUUAGAGAAGUUCACUUCUUCAUUUAAGAAAAUGAGUUAA